AUCUCGAGAAAACUAACAAAAUUAGCCGUCAAAAUCUCAUUUGAUUACAUCCUUAGACAUUUCUCUCUCUCUCUCUCUUCGUCGUCCCCCAAUAAAUAGUGGGUUCGUGACCGUAUUUCCACCUGUCCUUCACACGUCCGACACCUGCCCGUCUUUCCCCUCUGCGAAGUGUUCAUCGCUUUAUUAUGAAAUCUUUCUCGAAAGUUCUCUUAAUCCCUUUGCGCAGGCGGAAAGAUUCUUUGCAUAUUCCAUUAAGUUUUGUAAUCUGCUCUGCUCUGUUUCGCAGUCCCAUCGAGACAUUUCUACUAAGAGAAGGUGACGGAUUGAUAGUGAUUUGAGAACGAUCGAAGAAGGUCGAUAUGAUCUAAGUGAGCUCGACUUUUCCACUGAUUUUACUUUUUUUUUUUUUUCGUUUUUUCUUCUUCAGAUUUUGUAGCUUCAAAGUAGUUCUUGACGUUCUACUUUGAGAUUCCGGUCGAAGAUUGAGAAAGUCUUGUUUAUUAUUUUUCUUGAAGGAUUUGCGGGUUUUGGUGCAAGGUAUCUUGCAGUAAAGGUGAAAUUUUUGGAGUAAUUCCUUGUAAAAAUCGGUAUCUUCCUUGUCUAAAUUCCCAAAGAUUAAGGAAUCAGAGAGUUUAUACCCCAAACUAAGCUUUAAAACUGUAAAUUGAGGGCAAGGCAUCACGAGAAUGUUCUUCUUUCGGAAAAGACUUCAGUUUGUCUUGAAUAGCAAUUGUGAUGGCACAGACAGAACUUGAUUCUUCCUGGGCCCCCUCAACUGGCGAAUCCUUCCAGGACUCCUUCAAUCUACAGAUAGAGGAAGGAAACCCAGCUGACUUUUUACCUGUGCUGGAAGUUUCCACUUCAUCAUUAUGCCAAAAGAAUACCAUACCAAAGCCACCUCCACUCCCUGGUAAAAAUUUUGGCAAAGUCAACUUCCCAAAGAGGGUCAUAGACUGUAGUUAUGUUUCCAAGGAAAUUAAAGAUAUGUGGGAUAAGCUUUUUAAGGAAGCAUAUGGAGCAGAUGUCCAUAUUUUGACCGAGGGAAAAGCCAUCAUUCCUGCACAUUCAAGUGUUCUGGGUAUGGCAUCACCAGUGCUGAGAAACCUUUUGCAGCAAGCGAGAGUUAGGAAUGGUGUUAGAUAUAUCAUGAUCCCAGGGUUACCCUCUGAAGCUGUUUAUGCCUUUGUCCGCUUUCUUUACUCCUCCUGCUAUGAGCAGGAAGAGAUGAAGAAGUUUGUUCUCCACCUGCUGGUUUUGUCUCACUCCUUCUUGGUUCCAUCACUAAAAAGGAUAUGCACAAACCUAUUAGAGCAGGCAUGGCUUACCAUAGAGAAUGCAACUGAUGUGCUUCAGUUGGCAAGGCAGUGUGAUGCACCACGCCUUUCCCUCAUUUGUGUCCGUCUCAUUCUAAAGGACUUCAAGACUGUUUCUGCAACUGAAGGAUGGAAAGUGAUGAGGAAAGCUGAUCCUGCACUUGAGCAAGAGAUUCUUGAAUUAGUUGUUGAAGCUGAUUCUAAUAAACAUGAGAAGAUGAAGAAGAUGGAAGAGAAGAGGAUGUACCUGCAACUGCAUGAAGCCAUGGAAGCACUUCUGCACAUAUGCAAAGAUGGAUGUAGGACUAUUGGGCCACGUGACAAAGUCCUGAAAGGAAGCCAGGUAGCCUGUGGCUUCCCAGCUUGCAAGGGUCUUGAGACAUUGGUGCGACACUUCUCUAGUUGCAAGACACGUGUGCCCGGUGGAUGUGUUCACUGCAAGCGCAUGUGGCAGCUUCUUGAACUGCAUUCUCGUAUGUGCAAUGAACCGGAUUUUUGCAAGGUUCCUCUCUGUAGGCAUUUCAAAGAAAAGAUGCAGCACCAGAGCAAAAAGGACGAGGCGAAGUGGAAGUUAUUAGUCAGCAAGGUGAUAGCAGCAAAGAACAUCUCGAAGGCCUCCUCUCGACGGCCUGUUAUUUUGUAACCGAACCCAUAUAUAGUCAAGUGUAUAUACAAUAUGAUGGGUUUUACAUCUCAAAAUGUUCACCAUCAGACCCAACGAAAGCUAUAACCUAAGGAGCUGCUUGGUUAGCAAGCAUUUUGUCAUGUAAAUUCUCAAUAAAUCCAAUAUAAAUAACAUGGUUAGAAAUAAGACCUGUUCUAGAUACACUGACCUUGUGCAAGGCUUUUCCCAUUGGAAAGGAAGUUGGAAUAAGUCUUAUUUUUAUGACGACAAUUGAAUUGUGUAUGCACACAUCCGCCUUAUUUUUUUGUUGUUUUGGUACUCGUCAACUUCUGUUUCUCAGGUUCUAGUUAUUCCUCCUGUAAUUGAUUCAUAUUCAAGAGGCCUUUCACAUAAAUAUUUGAACUCUACAAGGGACCAGUGAGAUUUCCAUGGCCCAAGCCAUUUGAUUUUA